AUGGUUGCAGCAGUCUUUCCUGGAAUAUGCCUGGAUCACGUGUCAGAACUUCACAACAAGAUUUCCAAGUCUUCCGAACGGCUGAUAGCCCAUCUCUUGGAUCAGAUGGACAAAGGCGUGCUCUAUCCAAAGGCUAAAGACAAGGCAAAGGACUUGAAGAGGAAGCGAGAAGUAGAUGAGAUUGAGGAAGCAGCUCGCAAGUAUGGGGCUCCGGACCGUGUCAUCUCCGCGAAUGUAGGAGGAAUUCGGCCGUAUAUUCGAAACAUCCUCUCACACGAGUUCCCCGAUACUCCAAUGGCCUUCAUAGAUGCAACCCUAAGCCAAUCAGGACACCGUUUGUUUUCAGCUUAUCAACUGUUGGAUGAGGCCGGCCGAAUCUACCAUCCCCUUACUUCGGGUUACACCAAAAUCAAAACUGCACGGAAGGCGCAUACUGAUUUCCGGGAGGAAAGCAUAGAAACCCUUCUCAGCGAUCCCACUGGAGACCUCGAGCGUGGUGAAAUUCUUCGAGAACUUCGAGCUGCAAGAAGAUAUAAAGCAAAAGCAGAUACAAAGCGCGAAGAAGAGCGUCUAGCUGCACUCGAGGAAGAAGAGAAUGAGAGGAGAGCGCAUGCAGAAGGAACAAUGGAGGAGUGUGUAUGUUGUUUUGGAGACUAUCCACUAAACCGUAUGGUUCAUUGUGAUGCAGAUGAGAUGCAUUGGUUCUGCAGAGGCUGUGCGCUUCGAAAUGCCGAGACCGAAGUCGGCCAAUCUAAAUACGAGCUCUGCUGUAUGUCGAUGGAGGGCUGCGAUGCAAAAUUCACACUCUCUCAAAGGGCUCAAUUCUUGAACGAGAAGACAAAGAUUGCCCUUGAACGAAACGAACAAGAAGCAAACCUUCGUCUGGCAGGCAUAGAAAAUCUUGCGAGUUGUCCUUUCUGUCCUUUUGCAGCAGAAUAUCCCCCAGUCGAAGUUGAUCGUGAGUUCAGAUGCCAGGCGCCGGAUUGUGAGAAGAUUAGCUGCCGUCUGUGCAAUCUCGAGUCGCAUAUUCCCAAGAGCUGCGAAGAGAACGCUAAGGAGACGGGUCUAUCUGUGCGUCGUCGUAUCGAGGAAGCCAUGUCUGCAGCUCUGAUCCGAAAGUGCAACAAAUGCGGAACACCGUUCAUCAAGGAAGAAGGGUGCAAUAAGAUGAGAUGCACGCUGAAAGGGUGUGGCAACGUCCAGUGCUACGUCUGCUCAAAGUCCUGCGAUUACGACCACUUCGAUGACAGGGGUCGUGGCGGCAAGCCUGGAAAUUGUCCCCUCUUCGAAAGUGUUGAGACGAGGCACGAUGAAGAAGUUAGCAAGGCCGAGAAAGAGGCAUUGGAACAGGUUCGAGCUGAGCAUCCAGAGUAUACUGAAGAUGACUUGAAGGUAAAGGUGUCGGAAGAUGUCAAGAAAGAUGACGAGCGGCGGAGGGCAAGAGAUCCCAGACUUAACCCUGCUGUGGGAAGGCCGUUACCGAUUUAUCGUGGUUAG